GUGUCGAUUUGGACGUCGCGACGCCCGCGUCCGCCAUUCGGAUUUUCCGCACCGAAAUUCUUAAAAUAUUGCGGACAAGGUCGUUUAACGCCAUCAAUACUUUGCUUCGUCGUCGUUUUUUCUCGAUUCUAGUUUGUGAUUUGUUAUUGUGAUUUGUUCUUGGAUUGUUUAAAUAAUUGAGAAUGUUUAGAGCUGGAGUCAAGGUCUGGAUGAAUUUGAAGGAAACUGCACGUAAUACACUAAAAAAAGUCUCCUAGAAAGUGUAAUGCGGCACAGUGUUGAAUUUUUUCAUCGUUUAUUUGUUAUGAGAGGUGAAGGUACGGCGUGAUGGCCGGGGAGCCAAAUGGCUCUACAAGACAACAGCAACAACAACAACCGAACAACAUUACGAGCACGAUUAGUACGAUCGUAUCGAGUACCGCAGAUCCGCGCGAGUACUACAAAACCUACGAUGUUAUGACAGGCGUGCGCAUAGCGGCAACGCUGGGCAGUUUUUUCGGCCUGAUGGUCCUGCUCGUUUUAUACAAAUCCAAAUCGAAGACUGAAAAAGCGCUGGAAGAUCCGAAUUUCACCGCCGCCGCCGUAGCGGAAGUCGAAGAGGAGGAACGUCAAAUCCAGUUGGCCUUGGAAGCGAACGCGUACGAGCAACUAAACCCUCGAAGAUCGAGCAGGAAAUCUUUGGAUUAUUCCAGCGUUUCGGGUCGGCGAUCUUCCACGAGGCGAUUUUCAACUAUCGCCGCUUACAGCAGCUUAAUCGAACCCAAAUCGAGAUUGCCUAGCUUCGUCGAUAACGAAGACUCUCCACCGGAAGACGGCGCUUCGCUAUACGACGACGUCUACUAUCGCACCAAUCUCGACGUGCCGCGCCGUCCGAGCAACAUCACGUGCUCGUCGUCGGGCAGUUCGUAUUUGGAGCGGCGCGAUUCGGCAGUGACUUUGGGACUACCGGUGUUGCCCGCGCACAAGUACAAAAACCGAAGACAAUCGAGUCCGGUGCCGGAAAUCUACGAUUUUUACUAUCCGAUCGAUAUUCGGGUGACGCAACCGACGCCGGGCGGAUCGCCUUGCGGCAGCGAUCGCGCCCUCUAUCAACGGACCUACGAAGCUCAGCAGCACGCCGUUUUGAAACCGCGUUUGGCGCCUUUGGCUUCUAUUAGUUCUUGUAAUAGCUCAUUGGGCACAGACUAUCCGGAAGAUAACGAAGAGUUAUCCUAUAGUUAUCCGGCAGAAGAGGAGAAUACCGAAAACGGCGUCGACCCUUUCGACACUGACAGCAGCGAUGACGUCAACAGCGACGAAGGCGCCUGCUACGACAAACGCACCACCAUCUGUGUCGUUUCCAACGAAACGUCGCCUACUAUCAGCAAUGAACGACAUUCGGACGAGUUGCUGCCGCCAAACAACUGUCACCGACUGACGUCGAAAUCGUCUUCGACGCUCCUCGACGGCUGUCAGCUGCCUCAAAUCUCAUUGGCAGACGUACACCGCUUGUCGUCGUCCAGCGGACAAAUAAAUCGGAAAAUCGGAUGGGCGCAAGAGACGCUUUUCUAGCCGAAUUUUUCAAUAAACACUAGCUCUGUUCCAACCGACAUAAGAAUCAGUAAUUUCCAGUUGGUCACCUAUUUUUCAAUAAGUUGAACGUUUCUAUGAUCCUACUUAACAAAUGAAUUAAUUGACCGUUCUAGAAUGGUUCUUAUGUCGGUUGGAACAGAGGUACUAUUAAAUAAAAAACGGGUCAAUGUUGUGUCGAAGUAUUAAUAAUAUAUAGAGCAUUUUUCUGUGUAAAAUAAAUAAACGUAAAUACAGGGUAGGAUUAAUUUAUUUUCAAUAAUAUGAAAUUAUUUUGUUACUUUUUUAAAAUCCCCUUGCCCCCAAUCUCUAUAGAGAAGUAUGAUAUAGGUGAUUUUUUUUUUUUUGAGGCGUCCCUGUAUAUUGUUUUAUAGCUGAAGGCAUCAUAUCUUUAUAGCUAUAAUACAGGGUGUGUGUAAAACAAAAAGGCAAAUAUUGGAAAAUAUUAAAUUAAGCCAGUUGUAGUAGAGAGCUUAUUAUAUGUACAAGUUUUUGUUUUUAUACAGGGUGUUUUUUUUUUUUCAAACUGAAUUGGAAAAUUCUAGCCUAGUUAUAGUUACAAUGUGUUCAUAGUUUACACACACCCUGUAUAGAAAAUAUUUUUGAAUGAAACAAAUAAAUAUUUUUCUUACCUACUAAUCUGUAAUAUUUCUCCUGGCAAAUAAAUAAAUAAAUAGGCUAAUAAAAAAAUAAUAUUGUAAAUUACAUUAAAAAAAAACUGUUAAUAAAAACUGUAAGGGCUGGUUUAUUCAUCUUCGGAUAAACUGUCAGGGCAGAUUGACAGAUAAAAGCGCAAUCUGUAGGUAUUCCCAUUGAUCGGGUAAAUAGUUACCAGCAAGUUCAUUUGAUGCUGAAUAAACCGUGCCUUAGUGUACCUAUAUUUAUUGUAUAUUUUUUAUUAUAAAUAGCUUAAAAAAAGAAAAAUCAAAGAGUUAAUUUUUACGUUUGUGAAACCAAAAUGAACGCAAUAAAUGUAUUGGUUGUUUAAUACGGCCUG